AUGGAUAUCGCGGCACAUUAUAACCUGUUCAGGACUGUUUACGACUGUCGAGAGUGUCGAUCAGAACUUACUCGAUCUCAAGUGUCAGAGGAAGCCAUCUUGGCGCUCAAGCUUGUGAGACCAUCGAGCCAAGCCAGUCACAUAAGGGAUCUUGCCCUCAUCUGGGGCACUCAAGAUACUACUGCAAUAUCAGCGAUGAUGAGGGGGUUCUGA